CAUAUCUAGAGCUCGGGGCUAUGUACUGACCUUCCACAAUAUGUCUAAAUCCAAGGAAUUAUCGCUUAGCGAUCUAUGUACUAUCUGCCGCAUCAAUGAACCCAAAUACAAAUGUCCCCGCUGCUCGACCCCAACCUGCUCACUCGCAUGCAGUAAGCGCCAUAAACUAUGGUCUCAGUGCUCUGGGGUGCGCGACCCAGCAGCCUAUCUAAAACGUAAGGAGCUUGCGACGCCCGUGGCCUUUGAUAAGGAUUUCAACUUUCUUAGCGGGAUUGAGAGAUAUGUUGAGCGAGCGGAGAGGGAUGCGGAGAAUAGGGGGAUUGCGUUGGCUAGGGUGGAUGGUGAUGGUGAUGGUAAUGAUGAUAAUGAUGGUGAUAGCUGGAAGAGGCAGCGAGGGAAGAAGCAGACAGAGCCUGUAAAGAAAGGGGAGGUGGGUUUGAUGAGGGGGGUUGAGAUUGCCGGAGUAAAGGUGGUUAGGGCACCGAGGGGAAUGUCGAGAGAGAAACAGAAUAUGUCCCAUUGGCAUAAGAAACAUAAAUGCCUAAACUGGACGAUUGAAUGGAUACUAGCCGACGACAGCCAGAGCCAAAAGGCCAUCAGCAAGUGUCUCGAGUCAACAGCCGUCGCUACAGCCUUCUCUAGAACGUCCCUCUCAAAACAGAUUGGUGCAGAGAAAAACACAACCUCCCCACCAGCGAAGAAACGGAAACUGGAUUCCGAAGCCAUUCCACGGCCCUCGCCAUCUGCGACCCAAAACACAAACAUGAACAUAAACAUAAACUCCCUUUCGUCAGAAACCCAUGCCACCACAUCCUGCAGCCAAACACCCCUAUCCCGCACAGUAUGCCCAGAGACAAAAUCAACCCCCAACCCGACUCAGAAUUCCACCAGCAACGCAGAGGAGCGCACGAAGCCUGGAAACGAAAUCCAUGCUACCACUGCCUCCGUAGCCAAUGGUGAUGGCACUACCAAUCCACGCACUAAUCCACCAUCCAAUGAACCCCUAUCCCAACAACACAAACAGCAACAUCACUUCUAUCUCCACCGCCCUCAAUCCCGCUCAAAGCUACCUGUGCUCAUCCCGCUUACGGGAUCAGCCACAAUCACAGACGCUCUACGGAAUCGUAGCGUGCUGGAAUUUCCCACUUUCUACGUCCUCCCGUGGGCAGCUAGUGGGUUGCCAGCGGACAGGUUCAUGCUGGAGGAGGUGUAUUUGAGAGAGAAUGGGGAUGGUAGUAGUGGAGAUGGGUUGGAAGGGGUCGAGGAGGAGGAGGAGGAGGAGGAAGGGGUAGAGGGAGGAGAUGGGGCUGAUGUUUUUCAGGGUGUUGAUGAGAAGAAGGUGUUGGAGGUUUUGUGCAAGGAUUUGGAGGUGGGAGGAGGGUAAGGGUUGUUUGGGGAUGGGAGGUGUCAAGUGCCACCCCUUCCAGAUCUAUAGGUGUAGUUUAUUUAAUUCGGUGACAUACGGUGUAUGUGCAUCCUAUAUACAAUCAUACGAUUUACCGCCAUAAUAAACAUUUUUAGUCCGGAUUAUGGUGCCGAGUUGUGAAUAUCAAUGGGUACGUGGUUACCUCGUCAUGGUGGAAGGAGAAAGGUGUGUGUAGGAGUAUAGUAAAAAAUGCUCCCGCGGAUAAGAUAUCUCUCCAUCAGUAGUCAAGUAGAUACAGAGACCUUAUCAAGGUUGGAAAUUUAGAGCAAGUACGGGAUGUAAUAGGAUAUUCAUCAUUAGGUAUCCAUGCAUCACUCUAUAGCACAUUUGACAGUACGUAAGAAACAAAACAGUAUGUAUCUAUCAAUUCCCUCGCAAAAGAAAAAUCCCAAACCGCCCCAGACUGAG